AUGACAAGAUUUUAUUAUAAAGAAGCAGUUGGGGCACUCAUAGUGUACGACGUAACACGGUCUUACACUUUUGAAGGAGUCUCCAAAUGGAAAUCCGAUCUAGAUCAGAAAGUAACCUUGCCCGAAGCUUGGGGCGGCGGUCCUAUUCCGGUUGUAUUGCUGGCUAAUAAGUGUGAUCUUAACCAUGAAGGACCUAAUACAAAAUCUGAUGCCGAAAUAUCACAAUACUGUGAAGAGAAUG